AUGGAUAACUGCUUCGAUUACACACUGUGUCAAUCGGAAUUUAAGGUUUACGUAUAUCCUCUCUCGUCAAAACAAGCCAAUCUAUCUUUAACCUAUCAAAAAUCCUCACCGCUUUGCAUAAUUCAAAACUUCUCACAUCAGACCCAUCGAGAUCGUUUAAGCCCACAUUUCGGUCAGUAUAUAGCUCAUGAACUCGUUAAUUUACCAUUUUGGAAUUCGUUGCCUAGACGAGAUCUUGAUCCUGAUUCACUCUCAACUACUACUCAAAAGCCAUCAGAAUAUGCUGGUCGUAAUCACUUAAUAUUUAAUUUACAUGCAGGCACUUGGCCAUAUUAUCACGAAGAUGAAUAUCGUUUAUGGCUUGGCCAAGCCAUGCUAGCUAAAGCCAGCUUUUCGACUAAAUAUUUUCGUCCAAAAUUUGAUAUUUCUUUACCACUUAUUCACUCUCAACAUCCUUUACAAUCAGGGUCAAGUCAGUUGGAUCAAUUAGUGAGCAGUGAACAUUUACGUGGUCGACUUGAUCUACCAUAUCUUUUAAGUUUUAAGGGUAAACGUUAUGUCAGUGGGAUUGGAUCAGCAUCACGUGAUAUACUUUCUCAUUUACACAACGGAAAAGAUAUAAUUAUGUUAACUACUUGUCGUCAUGGCACAGAUUGGACACGAUAUGCUGAUAAACGUUGUGCUACAGAUAUGGCUUUAUAUGAUGCAUAUGAUUAUUGGGAAUUAAUGUAUAAUUCCACGUUUUGUCUCGUUCCUCGUGGUCGACGAUUAGGUUCAUAUCGGUUCUUAGAAGUUUUGCAGGCUGGUUGUAUCCCAGUUAUGUUGAGCAAUGAUUUGGAACUUCCGUUUUCUGAAGUGAUUGAUUGGAAUCGAGCAGUUAUUUGGGCUGACGAACGAUUACCUUUAUUGCUUCCAUUAAAUCUACGACGUAUUUCAUCGCAUCAGAUAAUUCAAUAUCGACAACAAGUAAUGUUUCUUUGGCAUACGUAUUUAUCUUCAAUCGAAUCAAUUGUUCUUACAACACUUGAGAUUAUACGAGAUAGAGUUUCGCUUCGUCGUCGGAGUUACGAAAUUUGGAAUACAUUACCUGGUGGUCUUAUAGUUUCGCAUGUAGAUUCUAUGGAUAGUUGUGAUGUAGCAGUUCAACGAUAUCCGAUGCAUUGUCAAUCCGAAAUCAAGUCAGGUUUCACAAUGUUAAUUCCAAUACGUGCAGAACUUUGUGCUGUUUAUUUGGAACGGUUAAAAUCUCUCGGUAAAGAAAGUUUAUUCCUCAAAUUAAGUAAUACUACCAUAUCGAGUUUCCACUUUCGUAUGUAUAUGUGCAAGAGAGAGAAAAUAAUUCUGAUUUGGCAAUGCAAGAAUUUUCCACCAAAUAAUAAUGAAGUAAAAUCUUAUGCUCCAGUCCCAGUUGAAAUCGUUCUCCCUGACGAACGCUUUACACUAAGAUAUUCUUCUAAUUCUAUAUCUCCAAGUGUUCGUUUUCAACCUUUUCACGAAAUUCCUACCUUGGCUGUGUUUGCAUAUUCAUUAAACUUGAACAUUACAGUUGAACAGUUAAAUUUCGCAUAUCUAACUUGGCAAGAAUUUCCUAAUCGUUUAGUUGGAUUUCAAGCUCGUUCACAUUAUUGGAAUACUACAGAUAACCUAUGGAAAUAUGAUGAUAAUCCAUCGAUGAAGCAUUUUUCAAUAGUUUUUACUAAAUGGGGCAUUUUAUCAUCGUUAUUAUCAUCAUCUGUAUCAAACAUUGUUGGAUCUCAUGUGACUAGUUUACCACCAAUUAAAUUAUUUAGUACAAGUCAUACAGAACAAAAACUAUUGUCAACGAAUGGAAUCUUAAAUUUAACUGAAUUAAAUACUUACCGCGAACAGCGAAGUUUAUGCAUACAAGCUUUUUCACAACAUUUUAUAAAAGUCCCAUAUACUGGAAAACAUUCUAACCAUAAUAUUAAUAAUCAGUAUACUAGUGGAAGAGAUACACCCGAAUUAUAUUUACCACUUUACGAGAAUUCGUACAGCAUAUAUCCUUCAAUGUGA